AAGUCUAGCCAUGUGUCUAUCUGCAACACUUAUAAAACAUUCAAACUUGAAGACGUUUUAAUUUACAAAAUAAAUUGAUAUGGCAUAUAUUUAAUUCCUAUAUUCAAAUUUUAUUUUCAAUUCUGAAUCCUGUUUGUUAAGUCAGUUUAAAUUAAUUUCAAAUUCAGUCUUGAAAGAGGUAUUUCUGAUAUUAGAUCAAUUUUGCCCAUGUUUGUAGAAAAGCGUGUAAAGAGGAAGAAAAAGCACUGCUGUUCGGGACGGAGCUGGAAGCUGCUGUGUAAACAUUUCAGAUCCGGGAGCUCCGUUACGCCCGCGCGCGCACGCACACACACACACACACACACACACACACACACACACACACACACACACACACACACACACACCGAACGAGUUUGUUACAUACGCGUUUUCACGCGAGGAGGAAAUCCCGGUGGCUUUACCGGACUAACCGGAGCACAAGAUAAAGCACCGAGUAUCCGUGUGAAGAUGGCAUCAGUGACCGACUCGCGUCUCCCGCCGUCACAGAAGGACGCGGCUGACCAAAACUUUGACUACAUGUUCAAAAUUCUGAUCAUCGGCAACAGCAGCGUCGGUAAAACCAGCUUCCUGUUUCGCUACGCGGACGAUUCCUUCACUUCAGCAUUCGUCAGCACGGUGGGAAUCGACUUUAAGGUCAAAACCAUUUUUCGCAACAACAAGAGGAUCAAACUGCAGGUUUGGGACACAGCGGGACAGGAGCGCUACAGAACCAUCACUACAGCGUAUUACAGAGGAGCCAUGGGCUUCCUGCUGAUGUACGACAUCACAAACCAGGACUCAUUCAACGCCGUUCAGGACUGGGCCACUCAGAUAAAGACGUACUCGUGGGAUAAUGCACAGGUGAUACUGGUGGGCAACAAGUGUGACCUGGAGGACGACAGACUCAUUCCCACAGAGGACAGCCAGAGACUGGCUCAGGAACUGGGUUUCCAGUUUUUCGAGGCCAGCGCUAAAGACAACAUCAACGUGAAGCAGGUUUUCGAGUGUCUGGUGGACGUGAUAUGUGAGAAGAUGAAUGAAAGUAUGGACGGAGACGGUCAGGUGUCCAACCAGAAAGACUCCAGUCCUCAGGACACGUCCCCUCAGGGACACAGCGGCUGUGUCUGCUAAAACACACUCACCACACAGAGAACUCCUCCUCACCUGUUCACUGCGGUUGGGGAUGACCCUUGCUUUCCUUCUUUUAACCCAAACAGCACCUGCUGAACGUGCUCCGUGUUGUUUGUGGACGUGGAUGGUGGAGAUGGCCUGUGAUCUACGUGACGUCCUGUAGAGAUACUGCACAGCUGGAGACACUGCACAGCGUUUACCGGUCCAUCCACACCUGUGCUCACACUCUCACCCUGUUCUCCAUCUUUCCUCUGUCUUUCCCUCAAACAAGCCACGUUUGGAUGGAUCUGUCUCUCUCAUCAGAUACUGUAACGUCCACAGCCCUGAGCGGGCAGCCUCUGUAUCGUCUAUCUGCAUGUCCAUCUGCUUUAAAUGACAGUCCUAACAGCUCAUUCAGGACUAUUAUGGAGAUAAAUACACUGUGCUUUUCUGAUGUGUGCGAUCGUGGGCUGUGGUUUAAAACGUAUGUGCAUCACUCACUGAGAAAUAUUCAAUCAAAUCUAUGUUUUACUGCUAUUUUUUUGUAUAAGUGUUUUCUUAAAUUAUAAGAUUGCAAAUAAACUAUCUGCAACCCAAAA